CCUCGACGACAAAACUCGAUACAACCUUUAUCCACAGCUCUAGCCGAUCGUUCGCAACGAAACAUCGAUCCCGAUCAAUUAUGAUUCGACGAACGUAUCUAAUCACCCUCUUGAUCGCUGUGUUUGCUAUCGUUUGGACUUUUCCACAACAACCGAAAUUAAGCAGAAGGCCCGUUCCAGAGUUCAAGAACAAGACCGGCGGCUUAGAACUUCCGGCUAACGCGACGAUGAUUCGGGAGAACAUCGUGGACAAUUUUUCUUGUCAGGGUAGGAUUUACGGUUACUAUGCCGAUAUGGACAACGAUUGCCAAAUUUUCCACGUUUGCAUGCCGCAAGCUAGAAGCGCGACCAGAUGGAGCUUCAUUUGCCCAGCGGAAACUGUGUUCAAUCAGGCUACGUUCGUUUGCAUGAGAACGGAGAAUUCUAUACCGUGCGAGGAAUCUGAGAAGUUUUACGAAUUGAACGAGGCGAUCGGCAAGGAAGUGGAAGAGGAGGAAAGCGAUAUGGAGCAAUCGACGAAGGAAUCGGAUACCGUGGAAGUUAUCUCUAACAAACCACCAGCAAGGACAUCGAGGAUUUUGAAACGGAAGAAGACGUCGCGACAACAGUGAUUCUUUCCAUUCGAUAAUGGAUAGUGCGAGGAAUAGUUUUGGAAACUUGUGAACUGUCGGAGGAAAGAUCAGUUGUGUCUCCUUGCCUAAAUUAAGUUAGCUUAAACGCUUCAAAGUUCCGAGUAUCAUUGUAAAUCUGUGGCAACGUGUGAAUUUAUUGUACAUAGUAGAGGUACACAUCUGUAAUACUGAUAAUAAAAGUAUCUAUGAUUAAGGUAA